AAAAAAAUUGCUCAGCACGUCCUUGUAGAGUCGUAUAGCAGAGAGACGAGCACAACUGCGCAGGAGAUGACUUUCAAAUCGGCGAUUUGCGCAGUUGUUGCCGCCAUUUUUUUAUGAACGCAACUAACCCAACGUGUCAACAGUAUCGUCACGGACGGCGUGGAGAGGAGAGGACACGGAGCUGGGAUGCUGGACUUAAAUAAUGAGACGUUACCGACGACUUUGAAUUCAUACCGUGUGUUUUUAUAGCCGAACACGUCGGCAGUAGAUAUAUUAUUAGAUUAUUUACGCGGCUGACAGCGCCAUGUUUCGGCAGACGAAGGCGGUGCUCCAGAAACUUCGCUCUGUGAGCUUCUACGGGCAGCAGAGUACCUGGCGACUAAAGAGCACUUCAGCAAUAGAGAGGGCCAGUCAGUACCGACCCGGACAGAAAAUCCAUGGAUUCACAGUCAGAGAGGUUGUUGCCGUCCCUGACUUGUUCCUGACCGCAGUGAAGUUGACCCACGAUAAAACUGGAGCUCAGUACCUCCAUGCAGCCAGGGAUGACUCAAAUAACCUCUUUAGUGUCCUGUUCAGAACGACCCCCAUGGACAGCACAGGGGUCCCACACAUCCUGGAGCACACAGUGCUGUGUGGAUCUGAGAAGUAUCCCUGCAGAGACCCUUUCUUCAAGAUGCUGAACAGGUCCCUGUCCACCUUCAUGAAUGCUUUCACAGCCAGUGACUACACCAUGUAUCCGUUCUCAACCCAAAAUGGAAAAGACUUCCAGAAUCUUCUCUCGGUCUAUCUGGAUGCAGCUUUCUUCCCGUGUUUACGAGAGCAGGAUUUCUGGCAGGAGGGCUGGAGGCUGGAGAAUGAAAACCCAACAGAUCCCAACUCCCCUCUGGUCUUUAAAGGAGUGGUGUUCAAUGAAAUGAAAGGGGCUUUUUCUGACAACGAGCGCGUGUACGCCCAGCACCUCCAGAACAAGCUGUAUCCAGACCACACGUACUCUGUGGUGUCAGGAGGAGAGCCUCUAGCCAUCCCUGACCUUACCUGGGAACAGCUCAAGCAGUUCCACGCCACGCAUUACCACCCCAGCAACGCCAGGUUCUUCACGUAUGGAGAUUUGCCUUUGGAGCAGCAUCUGAAGCAGAUCGAAGAGGAAGCUCUGUCCAAGUUUGAACGCAUCAACCCGAACACAGAGGUCCCCCCAGCCACCUGGAGCAGCCCUAGAGAGGACCAUGUGACCUGCAGCCCUGACGCUCUGGCUCCGGAUCCGGCCCGGCAGAACACGCUGUGUGUGAGCUACCUGCUGGGAGACAUCACUGACACAUUUGAAGGAUUCACCCUCAGCCUGCUGUCGUCUCUCAUGAUCUCUGGACCAACUCUCCCUCUACAAGCUCUCAUCGAACCCAAUAUAGGAACUGACUUCUCCUCUGUUGUAGGAUAUGACGGCAGCACCAAAGAGGCGUCGUUCAGUAUAGGACUGCAGGGAAUGGCGAGGAGGACCACCGAGAGAGUGAAGCAAAUCAUCAGCCAAACCAUCAACGACAUCAUCGAGAGCGGCUUUGAGGAGGAAGAAUCGAC